UCCAAAAAACCAAGUGUGAAAAUGGCGUUCCGAAGUCUGUUCCGUUUGGAGCGCUGCAAACAGAAUGUUUUGUUUGCUUUGUCUGCAGUCAGAAAGUCCGAAAAGAGGGAUCUGCAGUAUUUCCUUCCGGGUAGCCUGAAGCACUGUGCAGCUGCUUAUUGUACCACCCCUGGUGAAUCUGAGGUCAUUUGUGAGUAUCGCAAUGGCCUGCCGGUCCUGCUGGUUCCUCUACCGUCCAUGAGAGAACACUGUCAGUUCACCUUGAAGCCGGUCACGGAAACGGUGGGAGACUUCCUCAACCAUCUCAAGCGAGAAGACGGAGGGGUAGAGAGGGCCGGAAUCUACAACCGAGAUGGUGUGAAAAUCGCCAAGUCGACGAGCAUCGACGUUCUCAUGAGGAAUCCCUUCACGUUAAAAAUCAACGACGAUGCAUUCAGGGUCGACCCACCCGAACUAGAGAAACUUGUCAGCGAGGAUGCGAGAACCAUGGCGGACGUGAAGUCCAUGAUCUACCAGCUGUACUCAACACUACACGUGGAGCAACACCAGCUGGAGAAGGAGAAAGAUCUCAGGGGACAACUGGAGAACCUCAAAGUGGAGAUUGAGCCACUGGAAAAGUUAAGACUGGAUCUGGAUCAGAAAGCCGCCCGCAAUGCUAACUGGUGGGUGUGGGGUGGUCUGGGCUACAUGGGACUGCAGUUCGGGCUGCUGGCGCGGCUGACCUGGUGGGAGUACUCGUGGGAUAUCGUGGAACCCAUCACGUACUUUGUGACGUACGGCGGGCUGAUCGUACUGUACGGCUACUUUGUACUGACAAGACAGGAUUACACCAAUCUUGAUGCCAGGGACAGGCAGUACCUCGUCAAUUUCCACAAGAACGCCAAGAAGAAGAAAAUGGACAUCGAGAAGUACAACGACCUCCGCGAUCAAAUUGCGCAGCUGGAGCAGGAUCUACGACGGCUACGUGACCCCUUGACCCUUCACCUCCCCAUCACCCCGCCCCCUGCUCAGGCUUCCAAAGAAGAAGAAGAAUAGCUCAUCUGUCCCUUCACAUUGUCUUUGGCCCAAGAGAAAGAAAGCUCACUGCAGCAGCUUAAGUAAGAAAUGGGGACGUUAGAUUCUACCUAUGCGGGUACAUUAUAAAAUAUGCUGUAUAGGGGUGGUUCUAUAAAAUUGGGGUCCAAUUUUUUCCUGUCGCUGUUACAUCUGUUAUCUAUGUUUUUGUAAUUCUGAUGCACUCCUUAAUGCAGUCAUUCUAGAGUGAUUAUGAAUAGCUAACUGAGCACCCAACUAACAAACAAUUGUUUAAAGUCAUUCUUAAUGAUACUUGAAUGGCAAAGUACAAAGGUCCAAGGUAACAGGGACAGGAAAAAUGUCACUUUUUGGACCCUAAAUUCAUAGAAUGACCCACCGGCAUUUGGCCAUGUGCCAGCCAACAGUUUUAGGAGCACAUAUCUGCCAGUAUUUUGUGACCACAACCGGUUGUGUUGAAUAUGAUAACAGUAAACGACAAAGGAUUGUGUGCAUGGUACAUGCAUGCUGUUCAAAAUGCAGUCCUUAAAGUUACGUUCCCCCUACCGUGCUCUUCAACAAGUUGCAUUUUUUUCUAGUAACAAAGUUCCAUCUUGUGUGUUUUGUUCUAACCAAAAGCCCUCCUUAUUUUUUUUGGGGGGGGGUGUCUGCAACCCUCUUGUUUUUAAUUGUGUUUGGGGCACAAACAGAUCUGUUUUGCAGCAGACUCGCUCCCUGUCCGUACAUUACCAUGGGUGGCAUGGGUGGCUUGUGGUAAAGCGUUCACCUCUCACCAAGGUGACCACGGUUCGAAUCCUGGCCACGGAUCGCAUGUGAGUA